GCAGCUUUCACCAUGUCCCGCAACGCUGCCCUCUCCGUACCCGCCAACGCCGCGCUGUCGCAUACUCUGCGCCUGUCGCCUGGCAGCAAAGAUGUCUCCAAGGCUAUCCAACGCCUCACGCGCCAGUCCCUGAUCGAAUUGGCUCUCGAAUGGACCGACCGGAAGAACCGCGACUACUGCCGGCCCUACCUGGCCACCUCGGUCGACGAGGACGAAGACGACGAGGCUCCAUACACGGCCGCGACGAGCAUAGAAGAGAUCCGCGAGGCGUACCAUGAGCUCAAGGGCCGCAAGGGCGGAAAGCAGGAGGUCGCAGACCGCAUCCUCGAGGGCGACUGGAGGCAUGGCGUCACUUUGUACCAGUUGGCCAUGGCCGAGACGAGAUACCUUCUCGACCACCCAAACUCAUUGCGCUGGAACGCGUUGAAGCUCUCGAGAGUUACCGGCAAGGGCUCUGCGACUGCAAGCGACGGCACCGAGAUUAUUGACGAUAGCGCGUCCGCAAACCUGCCGCGCUUUCACGCGACGACAUUCGUACUGAAUCUGCAGCGCGAGAUGGCACCGCUCACCAAUGCACACUACUACAUCACGCGCGUAAAGUCGUUCGGCAUCUCACUCCUGCGUGUGCACAUCCAUGACACUCCGUACACUCACCUGGUUCAUGAUGCUUCCGGUGCUACUUCUGAUGGCUCCAAAUCAGUCUUUUUCGUCUUUCCCGAUGGCUCGCCCUAUGUAUACGUAUCUCUUGCAACCCAUCUGGGGCAGACUGUAGGCUCGGAGGGUCGCGAAUUGAGGAAGGUAGUUGUCGAUGCAGUGCCGAAAGCUCUCUCCAAGCCCCAUAAUCGCUAUGCGCUGACCACCACAUCCCUCUCAUCCCGCUCCCUUUCAACCCUCCUUUCUCUGCGUGGUCCGGGCCGCAGUAAUGCUGUACCGGCAGGUUGGUCAAUAUUUGCAGAGAACAGCUUUGGGCACGAUGCGUUGGAUUACGAUACGGUAGGGAGUAAUCGCCGUGCGUCGAAUACUCGGGCCAGUGCGGAUAAAGAUUCAGACACGGACAAAGGCAUUUUCAGUGCAGGAAUCAAGCGCAUGCAUGGUAGCAACAUCAAAGACAGCGCGGCGACGAAAAAGCGCAAGAGCAUUGCGCAAGCCCGGUUUGGCCCAUCAGGCCAAGAGAAUGAUGGACAAGGCCUCGAGCGACUGGAUAUACGGAUGGAAGACCCGUUCCCAGCGACCGCAGCGAGAGCAAACGAGGAAGCGGAUCAGGAGGAUCCAGAGUGGAGGCCCGACGUGAAGCUGAGCUUCCAGGGCUCACAUGUUUUCGCUGGAGUGAGGCAGCUGGUCGAGCAGGGAGUAGUGGACGGGGAAAAGAUGCCUGGAUGGAUGGCCGGCGAUGCGGGCGUGAGCGUCGGCGUGGUGAGAGAUGGCAGGAUUGCGGAGAAGUCAUGAACAAUGAUGACGAUGGAAAAGGCAAAGGGGUUAAGCAGCAUGAGCAAAGGGUCCUUGCGAUUUCACCUAUGCUUUCAUGGAGUAUGCGUUUUGAUACCCUGGGGUUGGCUAGCGUGGCUGGCUUGGAGUCUAAAGGAUGGCGCUUUGCCGGGGUAUCACGACUGGGCUGGAGUUUUGGUUCGGUUUAGGGUACGGUAGUACCUAGUUUGUUUCACGACAGCUCAACGGUUUGCAACAUAGGUACGGUUAUGUGCAGUGCACCUCUGGCUUGCAUGAAGUCUC